CCAGGACUGAUUGACUCUUUUCGAAAUCCCCAUCAUUUUCCUUUCCCACAUCGUCGUCAUGGCGCCAUCACCAGCGACUGGAGCCAAACAUGUACAAGAGACUUCGGUGGUCGGAGAGGCGGACGAGGCACAACUUCGAUCGCCAUCUCACGUCGAUGACAGUGACUUUGUGACCACGAGAGAAGAUCAGGAUCUUCGUCGAGGCUUGCAUCAACGACAUAUUGGGUUGAUUGCUAUCGCCGGGGCCAUCGGCACCGGUCUCUUCCUCGGUCUCGGAGGGUCGAUUCAAACCGCUGGCCCUCUGGGCGCUCUCCUGGGUUACGCCACCGUCGGUCUCAUCGUCUGCGCGGUCCAAUUCGCAUUGGGAGAAGUGACGGCUUUGUUUCCUGUCACUGGAAGUUUUGUGCGACAUGCCGAAGUACUGAUCGACCCGGCGUUAGGGUUUGCCAUUGGGUACAACCUGGUCUACGGCAAUUGCCUGUCCAUCCCGACCGAGAUCACGGCGAUAUGCGUCCUGUUUCAAUACUGGACGACCUCGGUCAACUCUUCCGUGUGGAUCGUCGUCUUCAUCUGUUUGACCGUCAUCGUCGGCAUGUCCUUUAUAGGUAUCUACGGCGAGGUCGAAUUCUGGUUCGCCCUGCUCAAGAUUUUGUUCAUUGUAUUCCUGAUCCUCCUGGGUCUGGUCAUCGACCUGGGUGGUGUCCCGGGCACCCCUCGAAUCGGUUUCCGGUACUGGUCCCAUCCGGGACCGUUCGUGGAGUACAUCGGCAGCGGGAGUUGGGGGAGGUUUUUGGCCUACUGGGCCGUCAUGAGCAACGCCGUCUUCAGCUUCGCCGGAGUCGAAAGCAUCGCCAUGGCGGCGGCCGAAACACGGAACCCGCGCGUGGCCAUCCCAAAGGCCUGCAAGAGGGUCUUUGUGAGGGUCGCCACGUUCUACGUCCUAGCCGUCCUCGUCGUCGGCAUGCUCGUGUCGAGCGACGACCCCAGGCUGGACGACCAGUCGGGGACCGCCGCCCAGAGUCCCUUCGUCAUCGCCGCGAGCGCCGCGGGCCUCAAGGGUGUCCCGUCGGUGGUCAACGCCGUCGUCAUCACCUCGGCCUGGUCUUCGUCGAACCAGGCCUUGCUCUCCGGGACCAGGGUCCUGUACGGUCUCGCGUUGAAGAGGCAAGCCCCCCGGGUCUUCCUGCGCACCACCCCUUGGGGUGUCCCCUACGUGUGCGUCCUCCUGUUCACGGCCUUCAUGUUCCUGGCCUUCAUGAGCCUGUCGGAGAACGCCCUGACCGUGUUUUGGUGGUUGGUCGACUUGACCGCCUGCGGCGUGCUCGUGUCUUGGAUCACGGUGCUCGCAAAUCAUUCGCGGCUUAUGCUCGCGAUGCGCUCACAGGGAAUCCCACUCUCGAGACUCCCGUGGCACACCAAGUUUACAGAAUUCUCUACACCUCUGGCACUGGUCAUGUGUAUCAUUAUUCUCUUCACUGCCGGCUUCCCAGUCUUCACAAAGGGUAAUUGGUCAACGAGUCGCUUCAUUUCUUCAUAUCUAGACAUUCCCCUCGUCAUUACAGCCUUUGUGCUAUGGAAGAUCAUAAAACGUACGAGAAUCGUCAAGCUGGCAGACAUUCCUCUCACAGAGGCUCUUGAGCGAGCCGCCGUCGAUAUCGAGGUCGAGCCAGAACUUCCAUUCUGGCGAAAACUCGUCGGGGCUCUUUGGGACUGAGAAUUGGAUAUCGGCUCACUAGGAAAAGUUCCAUGCGGCACACCCCAGAUUCAAGAUCAGCGUCAAGUCAACAUGAUCAAGCUCCCGAGUUCCUCCAUGACCUCUCUCCAAUCCACGGGCCCAAGUCCCUGAUUCGACGAGAACGACGACGACGGUUCAUCUGGAGGCAACUGCCGAUCGACCCUCCUCCAGAUCUCCAUGGUCAAAUGUUUCGCGCGUGGGAUGUUCCCUAUACCCUGCCUCGCCGCUCUCGAAAACCAUAGCAACGCACGAUGCCUGAGGUCGACAUUCACAGCCUCCGCAGCAGCCACGAACGCAGGCCACAGCGUGUUCGCAGGCCGUACAUCCGUGCCUCGCGUGAGACAAUCGAUAUUCUCCAGCCGUUCGAGGAUCUUGUCCACAUAGCGCUGGCAGUUGGCAUCACUGUUGUCAGCCUCGAUGAUGUUAUGCUGCUGCUGCUGUUGCUGCAGUGCAGCUGACAACGUCGAGAAGACGCGGUAAUAAUACACAAUGACGGCAUAGUGGAAAGCCCACUGGUGAUUCUCCAUGAGUUCAUCACAUAUGACACCUGGAAAUAGCGAGCGUGGCUGCGUCGAGGAUCCAAGUGAAGCCACUGUCGCGCGACAUUCCCUUGAGUCCAGCCUAGGUACCAUCUGAUGGCCCGAGACACUAGGUAUGAAGGAUGCAGGGUUUUCCGCUAUGCGAUGCAAUUGGUUCCUUAACGCGCCUACAUCCUGACUCAGGUCAUCUGGCCAGCGUGACGAUCUCGCUUUAUGUUGCGCGCACAACAUGCUGAGUCUGAUGGUGCGAUGGAGCAACGACAUGGUUCGUAGACCGAUGCCGAACGUCGUGUCGAGAAUGUAAUGGCCCUGGUACGGAAAAACGUCUUCGCGAAGAGUAGCCGUGUCUAAUAAUCCCUCGUUCGCAGACUCGUCGCUGGGUGAUUCAGACUGGUCGCUAGCAACAGAACCAGUAGACUUUUGCGACGAGUUUUGUGAAGACGGAUCAUUUGGGCCAGAACGAGUCGUCGAUGCGACCAUGUCGUAGCACCGAAAGAUCUGAUACAAUACACUCGUCUCGUGUGUCGAUGUCCAAAACCUCUCGCCUCCAGUCUUUUGGACGAUCCGCUUAGCCAUGUUGACGUUGACGUUACAGUCGAAACCGUCGUCGCCGAACACGUCGGUCGAGAUCAGACUCAUGGCCGCAGCUAGGGAUGCGCAUCUGUCGGAAGUAUCCUUUUCUUCCAUGCAGGAGUGCACCAGGUCCUUGAGAAUCUCCGCUGCUUUGGAUCUGUAGUGCACGGCUCGCUGGUCAUCCUUGUGGGCGCGAGGGUCGUCGGCCUGUGCGAGGUUAUACGCCGCUACUGACAUGAGGGCGUACCGCAAGGCUAGCUGAGAGGCAGUGGGCGGAUCGCGCAUGGCCAUUGGCAGGUAAAUCUGCAGCCAGGGGUUUCUCACAAUGUCUAUCGUUGGCAUCAUAAUGUGACAUACCACCUUCUUGUAGUGGAGCAACAGAUCAUAGUCCUUAUAAUCACUGCCCACGGUUGCCUGCUCGUUCUGGUUGUCCAGCUGGUUGUCCACCAGGGUCAGAGCCGUGUGAGAUGGGACCCCAUCGUUAUCGAGUCGCUCGGACUGGAUCUCUGAACGUGGGAUGAGGUCUUCCCAUGAAGUGGGUUGGCCGUCUUCGGUGGCCGUAACAUUCGAAGGGGUACUCUGUGACCGGCCACCUACAUGCAGCGGAGACCUGACCUUGCUUUGGUGAACGGCGUACUUCUCUCCUGGAGACCUGGUACCAGCAUGAAACUGUUGCUGGAAGGGUAUCGGCGACUGCGCCAGAGCAGUGUCAGGAGCAUCGGAGAGGGCAGUAGUAUGCACGUCGUGUGUUGCUAUCCUUGCCUUGGAUUUCGCAGCAUCAAAGUCCAAGUAUCCGCGACAUGCAUAGUGCCGUGACUUCUCACAGUUCGAGCAGACAGGACGUCCUCCAUCACACUGUCGCCGUUAGUCACGACCAGAGUAAUCCAGCAACACGGCCGUAUGACUUACCUUGAUCUUUCUGUCACGGCAGGUCAGACAACCCUUAGGUAGUUGGCAGACGUCAGCAAAUGCCUGAAUGCAUAGCUGCACAUUUUUUGAUGAUGAGAAUUCCACUCACAGUAUAUGGUCUCCCCCUUCGCCGCUUCUGCGGUGGUUGCGGGCUGUAGUGAUGAUCGGGAGGCAGGUAGCUGAAGUCAAGAAAAGGGACCGCAUAAGUGUCUCCUGGCAGAUCAGAAAAUGACCAAGCAUCGAAGUCGACAUUGUCUGGUAGCCAGGGAUGCUGCUCGGUCUGUUCGAACAUCAACCGCUGUGGUUGUUGGGUAUUGGUGUCUGG